AUGUCCCAGACGUCAGCCUCCUCUCAGCCCGUGUCCCCCUCAACGUCAACACCCUCGACACCCCCCGCCCCGUUCCGGGGCCCAGACGGCCUCCCCUCCUCUCUCUCCACCACCCUCUCCUCCGUGCUCCACCCCGGCCAUCUCUGGUACUCCGACUCCUGCUCCCUCCCGCUCCCGGGCCUCUCAAUCUCCGGCCUUCCCGAUCAUCUCGCCCUCCCCCUCACCGAACACCAGGCUGCGCAACUCGAGGCCCUCGAUCAAGACCCCCUCGCGGGCAACACUUCUAACAGUUCGCUCCGCAUCCCGUCGGACAAGGUCCAUUUCUGUCGCCCAGACUGGGACAUCGAGCUCGACUAUCUUUGCAAGAUUGCCGUCGGAAAGCUCGGCCUGCACAGCGCAGACGCCCAAUGCGUUCUCGACGCCCUCUUUCUCAACCGUGCGGGUGACUGCUUUGCCCCCUUUGCCCCAGCGGACGAAGACCCGGAUUUGUUUGCGACCAUCCUCAUCCAACUGCCCUCAGAGUACAAGGGCGGCGAACUCGUCUUCUCUCACGACGGAAAGACGGAGGGGUAUCGGCACGACGCCGACAAUGGCCUGUCCCGCUUCAAGUCCUUCUACUCAGUCUCGUACGCCCACGUGCAGCGGGAGCUCAAGCCCAUCGAAAGCGGCUUCCGCCUCACGUUGCAGUACAAAAUCGUCUGGCUGCCACCCGUGCCCAAGCCGAUGCCGAGCGUUGACGCCAUUGCCGAGUUUGCAAACGCGUUGCAAGGCUACGUCGACUACUAUCCGGCGGGCAACUGGCAUCUGGCCUUUGAGCUCGCGUAUGAGUACGACUCGGAGGAUUUGUUGACGCACGGGAUUUUCACCCUCUACGCGGAAGACUGGAGGAAUGUCAGCGCCUUUUCGACCGCGGCUAGGAGCAUCGGCAUUCCGGGCCUUGACUUUGUCAUUUGUAAGCUGCAGUGGGUGGAAGGGCAUGAGACUGCGUUGACCGACGGCUCGGAUCAGGACUUGCCAACUAUGAAGGUAAAGGAGGCGGUGUGGAAACUGGGGGCCCCGUGCCCUUUUAACAUGAACUGGGUCGACUGGGAUUCGGUUGUCGAUUUGUCGUACGUACAUCAUGCUGAUGCUGGGAACGGAGUUGAUAGUAAUGACAAGGAAAAGCCACACACGACGGACGCCAUCGUACUCUGGGCGGAGGAUCGAGAUGCGGAGUCGUUGUUCAAGAGCGACAGAUACAGCGUCAGGAUCUUUCUCGACAACUGCACGGAGUGCAAGCCGGCGGAGCGCGCGAGCCGCAUGCUCGGUUGCCUGGAGAGACGAGGGCCGACAGAUGACAGGGCGUGGCCGGAAGUGUGCGAAGUGUUGGACUUUUGUCAUCAGGAGGAGUGCCAUGAAGAGGCGUCACGUGCCAUUAUGUUUGCGUCACGCAUCCCAGAGACAGAAGACUUCGAAGGCGUUUUGUUCUGUUAUAUUCGGAGUCAUGGCUGGGACGUUGUUGCUGACGCUUGCACACAUUACUUGUGUAACCUUGAAGGGGUUGACCUGGACCACAUCGGUUGUCGAUUGCGCGCUCUGUUUCAGUUGUAUCCAUCUUUGCCAAAUCGGGUUGCGCUUGAUUCGCUAUCUCAAGUUGUAGCGGUUCUUGAGUCGCAUUGGAUGAGAUUUGCAGACGGCACCAGUGCUCUCACGUUUACCCCGAGAGACUGUAAUGAAGAGAGUCUGGAGCGCUGGGUACCGUUGAUGUCGAUUAUUGGUGAGCUGGAGCUCAACUCAACCGACGAAGAACUAGCCACUCUGGCCUCCAUUGUUGAUCGUACGGUUCACAUCAUUAAGGCGUUUCUCAUCCGAGAGAUCAAACCACUCCAUCAUCUACUAUUCAAACACAAUCCCGACAGCCGCUCUACGCAUCUAAAGGAAAUUCGCGAAGAAGUGAACACGAUCUACAUUGCGGAACGAGCGCAGGAGUUCGAAAGGCAGAAGGAUUACGUUAUUGAGAAUAGGAGAGCUUUCCGUAUCAGACCAGAGGACGAUGGCUACGAGCGCUUUCCGAGUGUAGACAAUAUGGUGGAAGACUGGUUGUCCUUCCUUUCUCUGUGCAUUGAGAUGCAGGCAUGCGACAGCAACGAGUCUUUGGAUAUCCCGUCACAGUUAAAAGCCAUUAUGGCAUGCGUUGAGGACUUGUCCGAGAGCGAAUUGGAAGCACUCAGCGUGGCAAUAGCCACGGUGGAUGGAUCGAUUGAAAGCAGUUUUCUUUCAGAAAUGGAGGUUAAGGUUCGAGAUCUAAGUAGUACAAUUAAAUUUGUAGACGUUGCCAUGUAGCAUACCUGUAAAGCGUUUUCUCUGCCAGUGAUGCAGCUU